CCAGCAGCUCGUCUCGCGCUGCUCAGGUCCCCCUCUAUAAGGUUUUUAAAUUUCCCACGCCAGUUCGUGUCACAUCCGGUUCAGCACCACUGCUUGGUCCCUCUUCUCAAAUUUCCUGCCCACACCUACUUUCUCGUAUUAUCCAGCCAAGUUUGUCUAGUGAUGAAGUAAUAUUUUCGCCGCUUUCCUGCUCAUCCCCACAUUCGCGUCGGAACGCCGGUCCAGCAGGACAGAGGACGAAGAGGCGUCGAGAAGCUGAGAUGAGAUAAAUAUGCAAAGAGGCGGCUCCGCAAAUCAUUCCAGUCUCAUUUUUUUCAUUAUUUUGGCGCUGAAUUAAAUAUAUAUAUAUAUACGUACAUUCAAGAGGAGCGUCUGAUAGAGAGCCGGACAGCAGCACAGAAACCAGCUCUGCAUGUGAUAUCCUCGGAUCAGGUGGCAUCGGCGGCAGAAGAUGCAGCCUGCAAGCAAGCUCCUGAGUCUCACCCUCCUUGUUCUGAUGGGCACUGAACUCACCCAAGUGCUGCCUGCUAACCCAGAGGAGUCGUGGCAGGUGUACAGCUCAGCUCAAGACAGCGAGGGCAGGUGUGUGUGCACUGUUGUGGCUCCUCAGCAGACCAUGUGUUCACGGGAUGCCAGGACCAAACAACUGAGACAGCUCCUGGAAAAAGUCCAGAAUAUGACUCAGUCCAUCCAGAAUCUUGACCAGAGGACCCAGAAAGACCUGCAGUAUGUGCAAAGAAUGGAGGUGCAGUUGAGAGGCCUGGAAUCCAAGUUCAAACAGGUGGAGGAAAGCCACAAGCAGAAUAUCGCCAAGCAAUACAAGGCCAUAAAAGCGAAAAUGGAGGAACUUAGGCCAAUGAUACCAGUGUUGGAGGAAUACAAGGCCGAUGCAAAAUUGGUAAUGCAGUUUAAAGAGGAGGUCAAGAAUCUGACAUCAGUGCUAAGUGAACUGCAGGAGGAGAUCGGGGCCUUUGACUACGAGGAGCUUCACAACAGGGUGUCUAAUCUUGAGGAGAGGCUUCGUGCAUGCAUGCAAAAAUUAGCUUGUGGGAAGCUGACAGGGAUAAGUGAUGCUAUAACCAUAAAAACAUCUGGAUCAAGAUAUGGAUCCUGGAUGACUGAUCCGCUUGCCCCUGACGGUGAUACGCGGGUGUGGUACAUGGACGGUUACCACAACAACCGCUUUGUCCGGGAAUACAAGUCAAUGGUCGACUUCAUGUAUUCGGACAAUUUCACCUCACACCGGCUUCCUCACCCCUGGUCGGGCACAGGGCAGGUGGUCUACAACGGCUCCAUCUACUUCAAUAAGUUCCAAAGUAAUACCAUCAUCAAAUUCGACUUCAAGACAGCCACCAUCAGCAAGUCCGGUCAGCUGGAUUACGCCGGCUACAACAACCGUUACCACUAUUCCUGGGGUGGUCAUUCCGACAUUGACCUCAUGGUGGACGAAGGUGGGCUUUGGGCCGUCUAUGCCACCAAUCAAAACGCAGGGAACAUUGUCAUCAGCAAGAUCAACCCACUGACCCUGCAGGUCAUCAAAAGCUACACCACCAACCACCCAAAGAGGAGCGCAGGUGAGGCCUUCAUGAUCUGUGGGACACUUUAUGUCACCAACGGAUACUCAGGAGGGACAAAAGUCUACUAUGCUUUCCAUACCAACUCCUCUACUUACGAGUAUAUCGACAUCCCCUUACAGAACAAGUAUUCCCAUAUCUCCAUGCUGGAUUAUAACCCUAGGGACAGAGCUCUUUACGCAUGGAACAAUGGACACCAGGUGCUGUAUAACGUCACCUUGUUCCACGUCAUUCGCUCUGAGGAACUCUAAAGUGACAUUCUCCAUCCCUUUGAGAUAUACAGUAGCACUGAUGAAGUUUAUUACUGAAAAAAAGAGUAAUGCCUGAUGAUUGUUCAAUAAAAGAAUAAUGAACAGCUGCCAAAAGUCUUUUUUUCUUUUGUAAGCUUUCCUUAGAUAAUUGUGUUUGAAUUUUCACUGCAAAAAAAUGUAUUAAUUAGUAUUUUUGUCUUAUCGUCCAAUAAAAAUAUUGAAACAUUCUUAAAGGGGAUAUUGGAUGCAAAAAUCACUUUUACAUGGAGUUUGCAUAUAAAUGUGUCUUAACAGUGUAAAUAUUCAUCCAUUCAUUCCUUUUUUUAAAUCCCCCAAAAACCUAAACAGUUUUGUUGUUGAUGGAAACACGCCACAGAAUACAAAAAAAAACAGAAGAGAGGGGCGGGGUGAGCAGUAGCUCAUUAUCAUUUAAAGAGACAUGCACCGAAAGGGUUCGCUGUGAACAGAGCAGUUUUUGACAAUGUAAAGGGUGUUGUUUUACAUGACCUUUGAGGAUUUUUUAAACAAAUUAUGUUACAGACAUUUCAUGAAGAGGCUAAAUUCAUACCAGCUUGUGGAAAAUGGGCAUUUGAUGUCCCCUUUAAAACAAGAUCAAUUUACUUGAGAAGCAAAAUUGCGUAAAAUAAUGUUAAGCAAAAAUGUAACAAAAUUCUGUUCUUAGAAGUCUUAUGUUCUUCUAAAAUGCUUACAUUUAUUCUUAAAACACUAAAACACUAUAUAUAUACUAUACUAUAUAUUAUUUGAAAACAAACCUAAUUUUGCUUCAAGUACAUUUAUGUUGUUUUAUGUUUAGGUAUAUUUAGAUAUUUUAACUGCAAAACAAAAACACUGAUUAAUGAAAAUAUUUUUUACUGUGUUCUUAGUACUUGUACAGCUUUACCAACAUGAUUUAGUUACACAGCAGAGGGCAAAGAAGUGUGACGCAAGAAAGAUGCCAUUUAGUUACCCAGUUACAUCCUUUGUAUGGAGAGCAAUCAAAACUAUUUAACAUCAACUAAAGAACCGAAGGCACUGACUGUUGGAGGCACUCUGUUAAAGAACUGCAGCGUGCUGUUGUAACUGUAUGUAGUUUCUGAUUUUCACAAAGAUUUGCAUGAACAUUUUUAGCACUACGAUUCACAUGAUUGUAUUUAUUUUUUUCUCGCAGUAAUAUGAACCUUGUAUGUGAAAAAGAGACUAGAUUAGUGAUGGGUUUGCUAUUCUUCUUGCCAUGUUUCAUUUUUGCUGUAUCUUUUGUGUUCUUUUUUAAAUUUGUGUUCAUAAAGUGACUCUUAAAUAGUAGGAUGGAUUGUAAGAAAAAGACGUCAAGAGUAUAUAUGUAUAGAUAUAACUUGUCAGCAAAAAAAGUUAUCAAAAGACUAUGUGAAAAAAAAAUUUAUUUAUAAGGUAUUAUUCUUUGAGUGUAUUUCAAGACAGAUCCAUGUGUCAGCUGUUAGAAGAAAUAGAUGGCAUCAUCUAAAACUGUUACGCUUGCAUCCGUGUUGUACUUGCAAUGUGAUUCAUUUCAAUAAAGCCAGUCUUUAUUUUA